CCGACGCCGACGCCGACGCCGGCGAACUCAAUGCCCUUAGCAUUCUAUGGCACUACCAAAUCCUCGACCCGAAUAGUGACAUCGUCAAUCAUUGGAACCACAUUUUCCUCAUCACAUGUCUCAUUUCACUCUCGAUCGAUCCACUUUACUUCUACCUUCCUUAUGUUGUCGAUGGCGCCACGUGUAUGUCCGUCGACAAUCACGCAUCGGUUCUCAUCACGUAUUUUCGAACCGUGUUCGACUUUUUCUACCUCCUUCACAUGCUCAUGAAGUUCCGAAUGGCGUUCGUGGCCCCGAGCUCUAGGGUUUUCGGACGAGGGGAGUUAGUUAUGGACCCGGUCGAGAUUCGGAGGAGGUAUUUACGGUCGGAUUUCGUGAUUGAUCUAACGGCCACGCUUCCCUUGCCUCAGAUUGUCAUCUGGUAUGUAAUUCCGGCAACUAAAACAAACAGCACCGGCCAAUCGAACAACACGCUAGCUCUUAUAGUCCUCCUCCAAUAUAUCCCGAGAUUAUUCGUCAUUUUCCCCUUAAAUCAACGGAUUAUAAAAACAACCGGCUUUAUCGCUAAAACUGCCUGGGCUGGAGCAGCAUAUAACCUUCUUCUUUACAUGCUGGCUAGCCAUGUUUUAGGAGCUUCGUGGUAUUUAGCAUCUAUAGGAAGGCAAUAUUCUUGCUGGCAAGAAGGAUGUAUCGACGAGCUCGAAAAAAUCCCGCCGUGUAACUUGAAAUUCCUCGACUGCUCGAGCCCGUUAGCUGGGAGUCUCGAACGUCAGUAUUGGUUGAAUAUGACGAGCGUGCUUUCUCGGUGUGACGCGAGAUAUGACGAUUCAGAUUUUAAAUUCGGGAUGUUUGCUGAUGCUUUUACUAGCGAAGUUGCUUCCUCUCGGUUCUUUGAGAAGUAUCUUUACUGCCUAUGGUGGGGGUUGAGAAAUUUGAGUUCAUAUGGUCAGAAUCUGACGACGAGCACCUACAUAGGCGAGACAUCGUUCUGCAUUAUCUUGUGUAUAUUCGGUUUGAUUCUAUUUUCGCAGCUUAUCGGCAAUAUGCAGCACUUAGUUAUUGUUCUUUGUUUCUUGAUCUAUGGGAUAUUGAAGACAUAUUUGCAAUCAAUGACCGUGAGACUCGAAGAGUGGCGAGUUAAGAGACGGGACAUGGAAGAAUGGAUGAGGCGUCGUCAAUUGCCUCCCGAUUUGCAAGAACGCGUACGGAGAUUCGAGCAAUACAAAUGGCUCACCACAAGAGGAGUCAAUGAGGACUCAAUCCUACAGUCGUUGCCACCCGACCUUCGCCGGGAAAUCCAGAGGCAUUUGUGUCUCAACCUUGUUCGACGAGUUCCGUUUUUCGCCCAGAUGGACGACCAACUCCUCGACGCGAUUUGCGGCCGCCUCUCCUCCUCCCUGAGCACCCCCGGAAGCUACAUCGUCCGCGAGGGCGACCCCGUGAACGAGAUGCUCUUCAUCAUCCGCGGCACGAUGGAGAGCUCCACCACCAACGGCGGCCGCUCGGGUUUCUUCAACUCCAUCACCCUCCGCCCGGGCGAUUUUUGCGGCGAGGAGCUCCUCACGUGGGCCCUCGUCCCGAACUCCCCUCUCAACCUCCCGUCCUCCACGCGGACCGUGCGCACGCUAACCGAGGUCGAGGCCUUCGCUUUACAAUCCGAGGACCUCCGCUUCGUGGCGGCCCAAUUCAAGCGGCUACACAGCAUGCGCCUCCAACACGCUUUCCGAUACUAUUCGCACCAAUGGCGCACGUGGGCCGCGUGUUUUGUGCAGGCCGCGUGGCGGAGGUUUAAAAAACGGAGGCUGGCUAAGGAGUUGGCUUUGUACGAGACGGGAAGAUAUGGUGAUGGUGAUGAUGAUGAGGUGGCGGAAGGGUCGUUCGGCGGUCGGGUUCAAGAUUUCGGGGCCACGGUUUUGGCUUCGAAGUUCGCAGCAAAUGUGAAGGGAGGGGCGGCCGAGAGGGCACAUAACAUGGCGGAUGCUUCAUCGUCGAGCUUGAAGAUGACGAAGUUGUUCAAGCCGAACGAGCCGGAUUUCUUUGAGGAGGUUUAG